AUGUCGUUUGUUAAUGUUACAAUCAAUGAAUUGAAUGAUGCAUCCUCGAAAACCAUACUGAUUCUAUCAUUAUUUAGUAUUAUACCAGGUGGAAUCGGACUUAUAUUUAAUAUUCUUAUUUUCAGUCGACCAUCUAUGUGUCGUGAACCAUGUGCAGCAUAUUUUUUUUGGUCAACAUGUUUCAGUUUAAUUUACGUACUCAUUCUACAGCCUGUACGUGUUUUAGCAGUAAGUUUCAAUAUCGAUCAAGCCAAUUAUAAUCUUGGAAUUUGUAAAAUCGAAUUCUUUGUAUUCUAUAUAACACGUUCAGCAUCUUCUUGGUUUAUAGUAAUCGCAUGCAUCGAUCGUUUUUUACAUAGUUCAGCAAAUGCACAUUUUCGUCAGAUGAGUUCAUUGAAGAUAGCAAAAAUAGUUAUUCUUAUCACUAGCAUUGUGAUUAUUCUUUUGCAUAGUCACAUGCUCGUUUACUAUGAAAUAAGCUAUUCAUCUGAUCAAUUUGGAAAUAUAACACCAGCAUGUUUUGGUAGAAAAGGUAUUUAUCGUACAUUUAUUGGUUUAUGGAAUUUGGCUUUAUAUUCAUUUUGUCCAUCGAUUUUGAUGCUUUUUUUUGGUCUUCUUACAUUGAAAAAUCUUCAUCAACAUCGUCUUGUAAUUCCAGUGAAUUUCGAAACUAAUAGACAAGUUCGACGAACAGAUACUCAAUUAUUACGUAUGUUAAUUGCUCAAGUACUCGUAAUCUUUAUCUGUACUUUACCCAUAUCUAUUAUUCAACUUUAUUCUUCAUUUACUCUUAAUGUUGUUAAAAAUACACUUCGACUUGCUCAAGAAAAUUUAGCUAGUCGAAUUGCAAGUGAAUUGACAUAUUUUGCUCACUCAAGUACUUUUUUUUUGUAUACAUUAACGGGCACUAUUUUUCGCAAGGAACUUUCAAAGAUUAUUAGACAAUAUUGUCGUUUCAAUCAUAAUCGACUGAAUAGAAUUCAUGAUGAAACGCAUCGAAUGUCUGUUUUACAAAAAAGUCAAAAAACACAAACACAUACUAAUCAUCCAUAA